UGUUGUUUUUCUUCUUUUUAUGCCAGUGGUACAGGGUCACUAUGGAGCGACUUACACUUCUACUAAGAUCUGUGCCUUAAAAGGAUCAACAGUGGACAUAGACUGCAACUACACAUACCCAAACAAAGUACGUGGCCAAGUGGUCACAGUUAGAAGUUUAUUUUGGUUUUCUGGCAAGAGGAGAGGCGUGGAUCUGAAGUUCAUCUCGGAGUAUGCAAGUCGUGUGGAGUUUCAUAAUGAACACAAGUACAGCAGACUGAGAAUCAAAAACCUGAGGAAGACUGACUCGACUGUGUACAUGAUCAGGUGCAUAACAAACAUAAAGGGAGGAAAAUUUAAUGGUAUUCCUGGAGUCUCUUUAACUGUCACAGAUCUGCAGGUGCAUGUGACCAAACUAAACUCAGUCAGGGCAGAGCUGAAUUGUCACAGCAUUUGUAGUCCAGUUGCUCGUCCCUCCUACAUCUGGUACAAGAAUGGACAGAACGUUAAAGAAGGAACUUCUUCUUCAUACACACUCAACAUUUACCCAGAAGACAGCUAUUCCUGUGCUGUAAAAGGACAUGAGGAUUACCGCUCUCCAGCAGUGUAUGCUCCGAAGGUUCCCUCAGUGUUGGUGAGGCCCUCUGGUGAAAUAGUGGAGGGAAGUUCAGUGACUCUGAACUGCAGCAGUGAUGCUAACCCAGCAGCUAAUUAUACCUGGUACAAGAGCAAUGGAAAUCCAGACCAGGAAGCUUUCAGGAUAGGACCACAGCUGCACUUUGUUUCCAUCCAGUCCUCUGACUCUGGAGAGUUUUACUGCACAGUAAAGAAUGAGCUGGGGGAGAAGACAUCUGACUCCACCUCUGUUGAUGUCAAAUAUCCCCCAAAGAGCUCCUCAGUGUUGGCGAGUCCCUCUGGUGAAAUAAUGGAGGGCAGUUUAGUGACUCUGACCUGCAGCAGUGAUGCUAACCCUCCAGUGGACGAAUACACCUGGUACAAGGAGAACCAAACUCUGCUUCAAGGACCAGAGAGAAGUUAUAACUUCACCUCCAUCAGCUCUGAGGACACAGGGACAUACCACUGUCAGUCUGAGAAUCAGCAUGGACAGAUAAACUCUUCAUCUCACUUCAUUGAUGUCCAAUAUGCUCCGAAGGUUCCCUCAGUGUCGGUGAGUCCCUCUGGUGAAAUAGUGGAGGGCAGUUCAGUGACUCUGACCUGCAGCAGUGAUGCUAAUCCAGCAGCUACUUAUACCUGGUACAAGAAGAAUGGAAAUCCAGACCAGGAACCUUUCAGGACAGGACCACAGCUGAACUUUGUUUCCAUCCAGUCCUCUGACUCUGGAGAGUUUUACUGCACAGCGCAGAAUGAGCUGGGGGAGAAGACAUCUGACUCCACCUCUACUGAUGUCAAAUAUGCUCCGAGGGUUCCCUCAGUGUCCGUGAGUCCCUCUGGUGAAAUAGUGGAGGGCAGUUCAGUGACUCUGACCUGCAGCAGUGAUGCUAACCCAGCAGCUACUUAUACCUGGUACAAGAAGAAUGAAGCCUCCCCAGAAGCAUUGGGACAGACCUUCACUAUCACUGACAUCACAUCUGAACACAGUGGAGAAUAUUACUGUGAAGUCCAAAAUAGAAGAGGAUAUCAUAACUCCACCGUACAGUUGAAUGUUUUGGCAGCUGCAGCACAGACACAACAGACAGAGCAGCAGGAUGAGCUUCACUACACCUCCGUCCACUUCUCGAAGAACAAUGAGGAUUGUCUCUACUCCAACGUUAAUAUACCUCAGCCCCAGAGAGAGGAAGAGGAGAAAGUGCAAUAUGCUGCUGUCAACUUUAAACCAGAUAAAACCAACCCUGGGUGA